AUGAGUUCUUCGAGUUUCUGGAUUUCACCCCUCAUUGAACAUUGUCUUUCAAUCUACGUGACGGGGCAAGACCCCGGUUCAGAUUGGGAAGAUGAUGGGAGCAACCUUCGGUUCUCCUCCCGCACCCAGCGCUUUGCGCGGAUUAACGAUUUGCGCAAAGUAAACAAUAGUGUUCAAGCCAGACUGACCGACCUAGAUACGCAAAUCGAUGCCAUCCUGUCAAAGGAGUCGCUACAGGAAUAUAAUAAAGAGUUUCCAAACAAACCUCUUAACAAAGCCAGCAUUCUCAACUACACAAUCCAGCUAGACAGUUUCGAGCUGGUGUACGAAUGCUUCGCAUCGCCACCUGGAGUCAUUUUGUAUGUCAAACGGUUCAGCAUCGCAUGGGCACGAGGGAAGGCCCAGGAGCCGCCGAGAGGAAGAAUUGUCACAAAGAAGCCAGCUCUGGUCAAGCUGUUGAAAAGAGUGAAAACUUUCAGAGACACGCAUCAAACAAGCCAAGAGACAGUCAAUACCGUAGACAGCAUCGGGCAGAGCAAUGAACACGGUGAUAUUCCUUCCCAGGCAGUCAACGGCCAUACACAUCAUGCACAGCGUCAGUUGAUGUCUCAAUUGCCUCCACCUGAUCCUCCAAGGUCUCCUGAGAAAAGUUCAGUUCACAAUGCGGCGCCCUCGGGGAAGUUGUUGGGGCUCCUCGUGCCAACACGGGGACCAGAGACUAGACAACCCAGUCGAGAAAUGUCUAUGGAUGUGCAGCCACCACAAGCAGUAAGACCUCGCCGUACAAGUCAUAUAUCUACAAGCAAUGAGCAUCGUGGAUUACGUGAAAAACAGAGUGCGACAGCAGUUGGGGAUAGAGGUGUACUGGUGAAUGUCAGCUCAGAACCACCUGCUUCCCAGUCAAUAAACCGCCAAUCCCAUAAUAGAUCGACCAAACGAACCACUCCAGCCCCCAUUGCAGCGCGGCAAUCACCAAAGAAGGCUCCUGAGAGAUCAAAAUCCCCAGAUUCACCCGAGAGGCAAUUGCUACUUGAAGCAUCCCAGUAUGCCAAUCCUUGGGAAGGUAUGGAUGGAAUCAGCAGCGUUGACGUUACGGUGCCCGCCGAUCAAAAGGAGCUUCUAGAAUCUGACCCAAAGCCAUGGUAUCCGCCUCCAGCUGGGUGCAAUAUAGUUUCUGGCAACGUACCUCCGGCGCUUCUAGCGAAAUGGAAUGACUUGGCCUUUCGCCGAACUCAGGCUGAAGCGGAGAGGCCGGAAUCUGUGAAUGAUGAUCGUCCUACAACCCCUAGCAAGCCAACCGACGGAGCGUCAACUGGAUCCGUGACAGAUUGGUCCUCAUCGCCUGAACGGACUCCCAGCCGCGGUGUCCUGCCGACGGACAGCAGUCCAGUUAGAGAUGAAGAUGUGCGUAUUCGAAAGUCGCGGGACCCGAGGGAGCAGCGUAACCUGGUAAAGCGCAUCGAUCUCGAAUUGCAGACGAUCGAGGAGAAUCCAGUGCCCCAACUUGACAAGAAUGCAGACCCGACUCAGGCAACGGCAGAUGCAGAGAGUGAGCCGCAUCCGGAAGCCAAUACUUCAGAUAUGGCUGGCAAUGGUGGACAUAUACCCGAGGGGUGUAGUUCUGACGCGGGAAUGGCAUCUGACGGCGGCAGUUCCGAUUCAGAAAUGGACGAUGCGCCCGAUACCGAAGCCAUUGCCCAAGAUAUAGGUCGCGAUGGCGAUGGCCAUGAUCCAGGGCGCAGUUCUGAUGCGGAGAACAACGACGCGCCAAACCCUGAGGUUAUUGCCCCUGGCCCAGGUCUUCCUCUCGAAGACACUCGUGAACCCGACGGCAGUUCUAGUUCUGAUGAUUCGGAAUGCAGUUCUGAUGCGGAAAGCAACGACGCGCCAAGCCCUGAGGUCGUUGCCCCUAGCUCAGGUCUACCUCUUGAAGACACUCAUGAACCCAACGGCAGUUCUAGUUCUGAUGAUUCAGACAUGAAUAGUGCGUCAGAUGCUGAAGCCAUUGCUCCAGGCAUGACUCACGAUGAGGAACAUGAAUCUGACGCCAGUUCUGACUCGGAGAUGAGCGUUGCAUAUCCUCAGCCGCUAAGCGGUAGCACUCAACAAGGAACGUCCACACAAGAGAGGGUUUCGAGCUCGGGGCCAACCCUUCCUGAAUCAGCAAGUCAGAAAAUUCAGGUAGCUGAGACCCCAGUGGUUCGCAGCAAAUCGCAUCCCGCCAUGUCGAACUCAGAGGCUUCAAGGACAGGUCUCGGUAACGCAGGAUUCCAGUCCCAAGCUGACAAAUCCUCCUCCCAAUCACGCAUCCUCAACACAUACGCUAGCCACGAAGGAGAUAGCAAAGAACAGACAUCACAGGAGAGUUCUAGGUCUGUCCCAGCGACUGCACCCAACCCUCCCAAUCAUGUGCACGUCAUGGGCACGCCUCUAAGCAGUCAAGGGCCGGCAACGCAACCCACCCCGUGGUCCGCAUAUACAUCAUCAGGACAGCAAAUUGUCGAUGUGGGCAUGCCUGCUGCUCUCACGUAUCACUCCCAAUCCUCGAAAGCCUUUUCCUCCUACCGCGAUAUGCCUUCAUCGUCCAUGUUGUCAAUUGAUGACCCUGUGAGUCCAAGCAUACGCGGCUCUGCACGAGGCACGCCCCUUAGGCAUGACCGCGCAUCUCCACUAAAGCGUUUCGCGUCCGACGUUGACAGUGACCACGGCUCGCCCUCAAAGCGAGCCAAGGUCGAUCAUGAGCCUACAGCAUUCAAAGUCGAAGGUGGACUCGACGAGCAUAUAAUUACCCGUCACCAGAGCUACAUUAUCAACUCAGCGCAGUCCAUGGAAGCGGUGGGGAUUUAUCAGACAUUUCGAAGCAACUACCCGAGCUACAACGGAGAUUACGAGCAUUUCACCAAAAUGUGUUCGAGAUUGCAAUCUUUUCGAGAACGCGGGAGUCUGCAGAGAUCCUUUUUGUGGGACGACUUUAUCAUCAAAAACCUUGAAACUUAUCCUUCCUACCUUGCGGAUUGCUACAGCAACAACAUCAAGCCGUCGGAGUAUGAAGAGUAUUUUGCGGACACUUUUUCAAAGCCAACUUAUAAGAAACGCAGGCUCGGCAUAUCGGAUAUCACUGCCUGCGCCGCACAGGUCGUCACUAUUGAUGAGCCUAUGGACAUGUCGCGGGAGCUAAACGACACGAAGGUAUCAUUUACGGGAAGCCUGAGAGACCAGCUUUCUAACCUCCAUACGCAUUCGUUCACGGCGCAAGAGCUGGCGGCUCAGGAUAGGCAGUUCGGGAAUGGUCAAAGUGAGGCUGAUCAAGGUGAGGGUGAUGCUGAAUCUGCGUCGCAAUAUAGCAUCCCUGACAGUGAACCCGCUCGUGCUGCCGCUCGGGGAGAUGCCGGUCACCAUGCACAAAAGGCACCCAAAUUCUCUCCUGUCUUGGAAGACAGUGACGAAGACAUGGAAGACGCCGAUACAGACAUCGACCUGGACGACGCAGCUCACGAAACGGCCAGCGUCGAGCUAGGCGAAGACGAAAUCUCACCGGAGUCGCCGCAGGUGGAAAGCAAGCUUCCUGCAAAACCAUUACCUGAAAGUCCAGUCCCAAACACAGAGUUCAACAAAGCAAAUGAACCCGCCCCCGCGCCGGCACCUAUACACAGCACGCUUCCCGCAGAAGCUCUGCCCGAAAAGCCAGCUGCUGAUAUAGCUCUGACCACGGCCUCGGACGCUGUCAUGGACUCCGGAGUCCGAGAAACUAGUAACAAGGACAACGUAUCCGUUCCUGCUCCAACUCCGGUACAAACCAAGGAGCCGCCCCCAGGUCCAACUCCAGAAAAGCUAGCUCCGAGGGCAGUACUAGCCAGCACACCCAACAAACGUGUUGAAGUCGUCUUUAGAACCCCAUCUUCAGCCACAAUCAACACCACCGGCAGACAGAUCAAGCCUGCUUCCACCCCGACUCCAUCCCGAAACAAACUCCCGGCGCACUCAACACCGCAGAGACCUGUCUCUGCUUCACGUGCUGCUCCAAUCCCAGUCCCAGUCCCAGUCCCAGUUCCGAACAACGUCAAGGAUGCAACCGAUGUCUCGGAAGAAGAAGAAGACGCGGCCAAGGACGCCGUCUCAGACGAAGAAAAUGAAGAGGAUUACAUAGCCGGAGAUACAACGGAAACGGACGAAGAAAUGGUGGACGAUGCAGACGCAGAGGUAGCGGCAGCGGAAGCCGCAUCUGAGGAGGAAGAAGAGGAGCCAGAAGCCGCAUCUGAGAAAGAGGAGGAGCCAGAAGCCGCAGACGAAGACGAAGACGUAGCCGAAAACGCAACCGACGAAGACGAAGACGAAGAAGACGAAGAUGAACCCCUCAACGAAAACUGGUUCACUUCCCUCCGCCACAUCUUCCCGGCCAAACCCGUUUGGUCUGACGACCCGCACACCCCAUUCAAGAAGUGGGCGCGCGCGGAUCAGAACGUCCUCUCUGUUCGGAACCGGCGAGGCGGAUUGAAUAUCCCUGUUGACGAGAAGGGGGUUAUUCAGCGUAUCCCGCGAGCUUGA